UAACGGCAGCACCCUGUCCAUCGAAUAGGAAGAAUCGGAAUAAUAACAAUGAUAACGAUAGUAAUGUCAGAUGAUGACUGUUUUCUAGUUGAUUUUUGUAAUUUCAUCAUCACUGUUUUUGUUGUUGUUGUUGGCGCUGCUAGUGAUUUGGUUUUAUCUCUGAUCCCCACUUCGUUUCACUUCUCUUCUUGUUCCAGUGUACAUAAUCCUUGCCCACAUUCACUCUUUGUGAUAUAUAUAAUCUCCAGUCAACUUCUAUUGUUCUUCCACUUUACUACUGUUCUUUUUGCCCCACAUUUCUGUUUGUUACCUCUCCUUUUCUCUCUUCUUGUGUGUGCUACAUGGACAUGGAGUGUGGAAACUGGAACUGCUGCACAUCUGUGCAAAGUUCUAGGUUGGAACUAGUCAGUCAAUAAUCCUCCCCCACUCCUGCCCUCCCUGCCUGU